AUGUUGAAACAAUUACGAGAAGAAAGUCCCUUUGAUUCUCAACCAGAGGUGUGGCCAAAUCUAGAAGGAGCCACCAAUGUGAUUGAUAGGUACAAAAAUUCAGCUGUGAUAAAAGAAAACAGGAAUGUGAACCAAAAGAGUUUCAUCAUGCAGAGGAUUACUAAAGUUAGAGAUCAGGUAAGAAAGUUGAUGUAUGAUAACCGUGAACAAGAGCUGAAUCUUCUUAUGUUUGACUACUUGCAAAACAACAUUAUUUCAAAGGAUUUAAUUGCUGAAGAGUUGAAAGAUUUUGAUAAGGUUAUUGAGAAGAAGCUGAAGGAGGUGGAUAAUAAUAUUAAGAAACUUGAUGCAUAA